CCGCCGCCCCUUUCCGCGCUCGUCGGCCAUGAAGCCCGCCCGCCGGCGCUGGAGCGCGGCCUUGCUGUUGCGGCGCGGCUGCCGCUGAGGCGUCGCUGUGGCCUCCGCCUCAGCAGCCUUCUCCGCCCGGGCAGGGACCCCCUCCCGCACAGCCGCCGCCGCCGCCGCCGCCAUGUUGGGCCGGGAGCUGCAACGGGGCCGCUGCUGAGUCCCGAGGAGCACAGGGAGCCAGGCGGAGGAGGACGACGAGGAGGAGGACGAGGAGGAGGAGUGGCCGGCGCCAUGGCGGAGCAGACCUACUCCUGGGCUUACUCCCUUGUGGAUUCUAGUCAAGUGUCUACAUUCCUAAUUUCCAUUCUCCUCAUAGUCUAUGGCAGCUUCAGGUCCCUUAACAUGGACUUUGAGAAUCAAGACAAAGAGAAGGACAGCAGCAGUUCAGCCGGGCCCUUCAAUGGCAACAGCACAAAUAACAGUAUCCAGACCAUUGACUCGACACAGGCGCUGUUCCUUCCCAUUGGUGCAUCUGUGUCUCUCUUAGUCAUGUUCUUCUUCUUUGACUCGGUUCAAGUUGUCUUUACAAUAUGCACAGCAGUCCUUGCAACAAUAGCCUUUGCUUUCCUUCUGCUCCCAAUGUGCCAGUAUUUAACACGACCCUGUUCACCUCAAAACAAGAUUUCUUUUGGCUGCUGUGGACGUUUCACUGCUGCUGAGCUGCUCUCCUUCUCUCUCUCUGUCAUGCUCGUCCUUAUCUGGGUCCUAACGGGGCAUUGGCUCCUCAUGGAUGCUCUGGCUAUGGGCUUGUGUGUUGCAAUGAUCGCCUUUGUCCGGUUGCCGAGCCUCAAGGUUUCCUGUCUGCUGCUGUCGGGGCUAUUAAUUUAUGAUGUCUUCUGGGUCUUCUUUUCUGCCUACAUCUUCAAUAGCAACGUCAUGGUGAAAGUGGCCACACAACCUGCUGAUAACCCCCUAGAUGUUCUAUCCCGGAAGCUUCACCUGGGACCAAACGUCGGUCGCGAUGUCCCCCGCUUGUCACUGCCUGGCAAACUUGUAUUUCCAAGUUCCACAGGCAGCCACUUCUCCAUGCUGGGAAUUGGAGACAUUGUGAUGCCAGGCCUCCUGCUGUGCUUCGUCCUGCGUUACGACAACUACAAGAAGCAAGCCAACAGCGAUUCCUGUGGUGCGGCGGGCCCAGGGAACAUUUCCGGCCGCAUGCAGAAAGUAUCCUAUUUUCACUGCACUCUCAUUGGAUACUUCGUAGGGCUCUUAACAGCAACGGUUGCUUCUCGCAUUCACCGGGCAGCCCAGCCUGCACUACUGUACUUGGUACCCUUCACCUUAUUGCCACUCCUCACUAUGGCCUAUUUAAAGGGUGAUCUGCGUCGCAUGUGGUCUGAACCAUUCCACUCCAAGUCCAGCAGCUCACGUUUCUUAGAGGUAUGAUGGAACGGAUGGAAAGUGACCGGAACUUCUACCUGGUCCUUUUUUUUUGGCUCACAGCUUGGUUGUCCGUCCCUGAGGCUGGGCUGGUACUCAGGAGAAUUGCCCGUUUGUGGAACUUGCACCCAGGACUUGCUGUAUCUAAAGGAGGAAAGAGCAAAGGUGUGGGGAGCCUUCCCCCUCCCCUCCCCCUCCCCCUUCUCCCCCCCCCCAUCCCUAGUUGGAACUGGAGACAGUUUGCAACAGCAGCCGCCUGCCUCCGUCUUCUUCCUUCCCCUCCAUCUGUUUACGGAUUAGUGCCAGAUCAUCAGGUGUUUCUGCGGGGAGGAGGAGGCAGAGUUUCUGGUGAAAACGGCACAGAGUCGUUGAACAUGGGAACACUACAAGAAAAAAUGGCUGCUGCACUUGGAGUUUCCUGGAAACCCCCGCAAGUACUUUGGAACCAGUUUUUCUGUUGGACUCCGGUUUCAGAGAGAACUGAGACAGAAGUUCUGUCGCUAUAAUCUUUUUUUUUUUCCUUUUGAAUUUAUUAAAUAUUUUCUGUGGUGUGAGGUGACUUAUUAAAUCCACAGACAUUGAGUGACUUCUUGCAGUACACAAUAUAAAGACUUUGUUGUAACUAGAUACAUUUUCACCCAGAUGUCAUGUUGCAGUGAAAAAGGGCACGUCUUUUAUACACACACACGCAUACGCAUACACGCACGCACGCACGCACACAUGCAUAUAUAUAUGUGUGUAUGUAUGUGUGUGUGUGUGUGUGUGUGUGUGUGUAUAUAUAUAUAUAUAUAUAUGCAUAUGCAUAUGUAUAUGCAUAUAUAUAUGCAUAUGCAUAUGCAAAGGAAAGACCUGCUAGGAUCAUGCUUUGUAGCUGACAGGGGCUUGCUGUAAUUUUUAGCAUGUAGAGCAGUUUACUAUGGCUUUCUUGUAUAUGAAUCUGCAAAUAUGCUGCUGUCUCUUCUCCACCCAACCCCCCCACCCCAACCCCAGCUCCAUGAGUGAAUCUUCAGUUUAAAAAACCAAGUGUAGUAUUUUGUACUUGAGUGUACUCCUGGAUUUUAGGGGACUGUUUGAUUUUCCAUCAAUGUAGCAAACCCAGGGGAGGGAGAAAGCUGAAGCCCGUCACCUCCUGCCCCCCCCUUUUUGUUUGCGGGUUUGUUUGUUUUUUACAACUUAUCCAUUACAGGUUUUUAGUCGCUCCCUUCUUGACCCAAUGCAUGUAUUAUAGCAGCCGUUGUCUUUGUGCGUUCUGAUCAUAGUAAUGUAUGACUUGUAAAUACAUUUUUUCUAUUUUCUAUUUUUUGUAUUAUUUUUGGCAUUGUUUCAAUUAGUGUGCUGUAUUCCACCCCCCACCCCCCAUCCCCUGACAUUUAAAAGAGUGAGAGCAAGAGAAGGGAGGGAGCAAGAAAAUCCUGUCCUCUGCUGUUGUGAUUGGUCAAAGUUUGUGAUGACCUGCUUUGUACCUGGGAUUCUCUUAAAAUGUGGACUUUUAUAACCACAUUGUCCUGGUUAUGUUAUUUUAACUCUGAACGAUCAAUUGUUUUAAAGGUUCCUAGGAUGAUUCUCCUCUUUUCUGUUGAAGUGAAAGUUUCCUUUUUGCAAACUGUUUUAAUUCUGAGUCCUGGUAGGAAGGUACCUUUCAUUUAGCCCUUCUUUUGGGGGACUGGGUGGUGGGUCCUGCAGUCCUGUCAGACCGCUAACCCCUUAAACGUCCUAUUUCCUCCUCCUCCUCUUCUUCCUUGCUGCUCCCCAUGUGCUUUGGGGGUGGGCUGUGGGCUGUGGCCGGCUUGCCGGCUGCCCAGAAGCCCCUGGCUGGACACUCCAGGAUAUAGAAUGCCAGAUUGCCCCACUUGUCUGAUCCAGCAGGGCUCCUCUUAUGUUUUGUGCGUUACAAACUGCCUUGAGGAGUGAUACAGGAGCAGAAGAUAUUAAAUAAUUAUGGAAACCCA